CGCGCAGGCACGGUUGCGCACGCGUCACGCGUUUGCCAAGUCAGACUGUAUGUCCUACGAAGGGUGGCGCGCUUCUCUCUCUCUCUCUCUCUCUCUCUUUUAAGAAGGAGGGGGAGUUGUAGCCCGCACACAGGUGGUGGGUUGGGCUAGCACCGACAACGUUUCUUCCUCCCCACUUCACGUUCUACCCGUGAACAACAGGGGGCGCGCGGGGGAGCUUCCAGAGCUGGCUCUGCUUCUUUCACACGUUUCCCCCUGUUCGCGGCACGCCCCUCUCUCUCUCUCUCUCUCUCUCAAGGUUUGGGUUUCUGCGGGUUUGGAAGAAGAGUUAUAAAAACCGAAUUUCCACAAGGAAAGGGAAAAGAUAACUAUUAAUAGCAAGGUUUCAUGCUAUGAAGUAUAAAUGAAGGUUCAUUAUCAUGACAUACAACAAUUCUCAACAAAGAAAGUCAACCACAAAGAAUGAAGCUAUUGUGUUUUGCCUCCCGUUACUGAAAUCCUUGGACUGCUUGACAAUUUACGAUAGUCAAAGUGUUAAGGAUCAGAAACUUUGCAACAUUAAGAGAUUAACAACAAGUGACAAGCCUGCCUCUAGAGGAUCAAUUCUGCACAACAGAGCACAGCAAUGAGAGGGCAACAAAAACUGCAGUGAUCCUGAACGUUUUCCUGAAGUAUUGCCAUGUAUGAAGCAAAGGAAAGACAGAAGUUUAUCAGUGAUGCUCAGUACCUAAGAGAGAUGCAGCACAAGAUGGAUUCAGAGUAUCAGGCUUGCCUGAGAAAACAAGAGCACAUUAAAGACCAGUCUGAUAAAAAACGAGAACAAAGCAGACAAGAACUGAGGCAGAGAAGUUUAUCUUCUAUCUCUCCAGUGCGUAGAUAUGAAAGGCCAUGGAUUUCAAGACUUCCUGUUAAUAGACAGACCCCAUCUGAUGAAAUUUCUGGAAGUGAUCCAAAAUCCAAUGUAAAAUCUCAUGGGAAUAAAUCAGAAGCUAAAUUUCCUGCCAUUGACAAAACAUCUGUUAAACAGAAGCAAAAAUCAAGCUCAAGUAUGAAAAAAAAUGAAAAAAGUGGGUCUGGCCCCAAGAAAGAUUUGCAAGGUUUCCCAAAGCCAAUUUUAUCAAGAAGACAACAAAUGAACCAGAGAAAUGUUCUGGAAAAUCCAGACUCUGAAACUUUUAGAAAAGCAGAAGGAAAAGGAAGGAAAACGCCAAUGCUCCAGGGUAUAGCAAAGAUUACUAGAGGAUCUGAACCACAAAAUAUCACAGGACAAAAAAAUGGUCCUAUUCAGAAGACAAAGAAAAAACCACAAGAAAAAAAGAACAUAUUCCAGUCCUCUAAAUUAAACAUAAGUAGUAAAAACCUAGACCAGGAUCUUAAGAAAGGAAAUAUUCUUACAGUAGCACAGCAGCCCUUGGCUAAUGCAGUGGAUUCUUCUGUUCAGACUGCUAAUAAUUCUUCUUUAUCAAAUGAAUCAAGUAAUUCAAAUCUUCCACCCAUUAGAAACACCCUUAUGAAGUCCAAAGAAGAUGAUUUUUACACAACACUAUGCUCAAAUGUGGAAGCAUCUGUUGGAAUAAAUGAAGGCACCAAAAACGAUAACUUAGAACAAGAACUUAUUUCAGUUGAUCUUAACAAACCUCCUCUUCUUGAUCAAAGUAGGGGUAGUACGAUAUCUUUAACACAAGUGGAACAACAUAAUUGUGAAACUGGAGUUGGGAGUGAUGGAAAUAGGGCUGAAUUUUCCCAUAGAUUUUUACGACAUGAUGUAAUAGUGGACUCGGCUAUUGAACCACAUUCAUUAGGACAAAGAAAAGUAAGAGAUCAAAAAAAAUCUUAUUCUCUUGAAGAAAACCUUUUGGAAGAGGCUCAUAAAAAUGAAAGUGAACAUUUGGAAUUUAAUACAAAAAUCCCACAAGGAGGAAAUGCAGCAGCUGUUGAGGCUCCUGCUAACUUAAAUACUCCUGAAGACUGGCAAGGGAGCAAUGUGUAUGGCACAGAAAGACAGAGUUUUGAGAGCAAUCAAAGAUGUUAUGCUGGUUUUAUUUCUGCUAGAUCAACAGUGCAAAGGCCUUCUAUGCGUUCUACACUAAAUAUCCCAGGCACCUUAAUACAAACUGCAAACAGAAGUGACAUGGCAGGCAGUGUGGAUGUUGCAACGGGUCCUGUGCAAAUCACAGAACUGAAUGGAAACCCAAGACUAACUGCUCGCAGACAACUAUCUCCCAUAAGAAUCAGGGAUUCCUUUUCAGGUGCUGAAAGUUGCCAAUCUUCGUCACCCACAGUCAGCCACUUUGAUGAUAGCAAUCUGCUUGAGGACAGUAUAAGCAAUGGUCUAAGUAGCAUAUCUCCAAGCAUUGCUUCUCAUGAUGAAGAUAACUUUCUGAAUUCCCACAGUUCCUCGUCAUCCACAGAUUCUUCUCCUCCAUCUCUUUUCCAGACAAACUUCACAGCACAUCUUCACAUGACUGGUCCUUUACCGGAUCAAGUUCCAAUUUUCCUGACAGUAUCUGAUUUGCGAAAUCAAAGCAACUAUAUAAGCAAUACUACUUCUUGUAAUUCAAUAAAUCCCAAAGAGAUUAAUAAAGCUGAAACAGACCCUGAGAAGCUAAAAAAGUUGCAAGAGAGUCUCCUGGCAGAAGACCCUGAAGAGGAGGGAGAUCAGUGUCGGAUAUGCCAAAUUGCAGGAGGAUCUGUAACCAAUCCUCUGCUAGAACCUUGUGGAUGUGGAGGAAGUCUUCGAUUUGUCCAUCAGGAAUGUCUAAAGUCAUGGCUAAAGGCUAAAAUAAAGUCAGGUGCUGAGCUUGGUGCAGUGAAAACCUGUGAACUGUGUAAGCAGACUCUCACUGUAGAUCUGGAUGAUUUUAAUGUGAAUGACUACUACAGGAAUCACCAACAGUCUCGGGCCCAGGAUGAGCUGAUGAACUCAGGCCUUUACCUUGUACUGCUGCUUCAUCUAUAUGAGCAAAGGUUUGCAGAACUCAUGAGAUUAAACUACAAUCAAGCCUCCAGAGAUAGGCUCUCAAGGCAACCUAGAACAGAGGAAAACCAAAAUCCAACCAAUUCUGCCAACAGUGGCUAAGAACUGUCAAGCAGGAUCUGAAGAAGUAAUUCCCUUUAGAAAUCUGACAGCACUCUCCUCUACACCCUUCCACUUUCACCCGUUGAUUAACACCAGGCCAAAAUGAAUAUGUGCACCAUUCAUAUUCAGUGUCACCUUUUUAAAUUUAAAGCCUUCUAAGGGUCUAGGGUUGUUUGUGUGGUUCGGUUCUUGUCUUAAGUUGUAUUACUAACUUUUUUCAAUACCAUGGGUUAUUAACAGCAACUUGCAAAAUGAUCUCCUACUGACAAGCUAGCAACUGGUAAUCAACAAUGGCUACAGUUUUGUUUGUGGGUACUUUUUAACUGAAGUUUAACAAUCUUCUUGAUGCUAGGUAUCUGUUUUUCUACCGUUUCUUUAGAAGCCAGUCAGCAUAAUUUUGCUAUGGAUCAGAGGCUUCUUGAAGAUCCAUAAUCAUCUGUAUAUUAAAAUAAAGUUGUAUGCCCCAUCUUAUAAAACAAUCUGUGAGACACAGAUGUAAAUGAAUUGAUGUACUGUUGUAUGAACAUCUUGCCUAUGAUUUGCAUGGCACAAGAACCUAAUAAAAUACACAAUAUUUUGUUCUCUUUCCAAUCACCAAUUUACCCUUUUUGCAGAUUAGGUAGUUUGCUUAGUUAUAUAUAACACCACUGUUAUACUAUCACCCUUUUAGGAAAAGGAUGAAAAUCCAAUAGGUGCUUCUUUUAUCUGUCUAAUUCUAGUAUUUAACAAUUUUUGAUGUAAAUUUUCUUUACCUUGAGAUAAAUACAGAGUUUUCUUUAAACCUCACCUAUUUUAUUUUGCUAUACAUAUUUUAGUAAUGUUUUCCUUGGUGAGGACUGUUUCAUUUCCACAUUUAGUACAGCACAUGUCAUAAGUUGAUUUAAUGUUAUAAUAAUACCAACAACUGUAGCUCAGAUAAUUUGCCUCAGUUGGAGCCCUUAGAAAAUGUCCAUGCGGCCACAAAAAGCUAUAUUUGAAGAACUUAUUAUCUUCUAAACUUAGAGACAGCUUUUGAAAAGUUACAUUGCCAUAAAUUAAAAAUCGAGGAACGUAAUUUAUAAAAAACAGGAAGUAUUUUUGGAGAGUCCCUAUACCCACAGGAGGGAAUCCAAGAAUACCGAUAGCUCUUAAAGUACUUUUGUAGUUCAAACAUACCAUAUUAGUUACAGAUACAUGAAUCCUUGUCAGAGAAACUUCAUUUCUUUGUUACACUGUAUAAACAGUGAAUGCCUUCGGUGAUCAAAACUUUUAAAGCUGUGCUGAAUAGCAAUUUCUUAAAUUCUUUUUUAAUUCACCUUUGUUUGUAUAUGAUAGUAACUAUCAAAACCUUUGCAACUGCAUCCCCAGGAUGAUUUAAAUAAACAUAUCUAAGAUUAAGUCAGCAUAUUUCAUCGAUAUAAUCUAAAGCUUCACUGGCAUUCUGAUUUUCAUAUUGCUUUAGAGUUGAUGCCCUAGUGUUAACUAUUCUGACUAUUCUCCUAAAGGGAGAUCACAUGAGUAGUUUGUGAAUCAACUUUAGAGACUAUUUUUAGUUCUUUAUUUCUAGUAAGUCUCCCUUUAUCUCAUUUCUCUAUAUACUAUAUUUGGACUUAAUUAGCUACCUGUAUAAUUCAAAAGGAGCAAUGCUGCAUAAUAUUAUAGAUGUUUGCAAUUAAACUGGGAUAAAUUGUAAAGUUUGGCUAAGGCUAGAAUUAAAUAGUACUCAUUUUUUAAAAUUCUUCUGCUUCAUACAUUACAUAACACAAAGGACUAUCUAUCUCAUGAUUUUGAGUUCUAACUUGAGUUCCAUUGCAGAGAAAAAAUUAACAAUGCUUAUUUAGGUCAUAUAAAACACAAUCUUCCCAAUAUUAAUCAAAGCAAAGAUCAGCAUUGUAAUACAUCCUGAGAAAAUAAAAUAAAUCACAAAGGGUAAGAACUGUUUCGAUUCUUUGUAACUGUUGAAAUCAUGGGGGGGGAAACAUUUUGCUGAAAAUGAUGGGAAAGUAAGCUUUAUUCAAAAUACUUAUUUAAAAAAAAGGCUAUAGCAAUUUAUUUUAAAAUAUGCCAGUUUAUUUAGCACCUUUUCACAUUAUUCAAAACAAAUAGGAAAUAUUUAAUCUGAAACAUUUUUCCAGUAUAUUCAAAUGCCUCCAUUAAUGGCAGGACACUUCUCCCCUCCUUUAUGGAAUUAAUCAUUUCUAGUUACACUUGAUUUACUCUGAAAGCAAAUAAUAAGCAAGAAUAUAAGAAACAUAAUGGCUACAAUAUAGUCAUUAUGGAGAGAGAAACUGAGGGAAUAGCAGCAGCUUGAAUAGCUGGGAGAAUGAAGAGGCUGAUCUUGAAAAGCUUCCCAUCCUUUCAGCUCUGCUAUUGCACUUACUCCUUGAACACAUGUUAGCUGGCCUGCCUGGCACAAGAGAUGCUUUCAAGACAAUUCCCCUGUUAAACAAAAUUGAACGAGCAUGCCAGUGGUUCCUGGGGAAAGAACCUGUGCUUCUUAUAAAAAAUACCCAUUUCAGUGAACACACAUGGUCAGUUUCCACAAGAUAUUUGCACAGAAAACCAGUCCUAAAUAUUACUGCAAAGUGAUUCUACUUCUUCAGUAAAAUGGCAAAUCUUUUGUGCCCAAUGCUAUAAAUCUUGACCUCUGCUCUAGCAUUAUUAACAUGCAGGAGGACUGCUUGUAUGUCUCAUCAGUGUGUUUCAUCAGUGAGAUGAAAAAAACAUUGCACAUGCUCAAAGGCAACUUGCCCAUCUGAAAAAUAGACUCUGAAAAAUCUAAAUGCUCUAUCUUGAUUUAAAUUAUCCCCUGAGGAGAAAAAUAUUGAGCAAGAUAGCCAAAUAAACAUAUAUAGACACAAAUCAAAAAGUUGUCCAUGAAACAGGCAGUUAUGAAGGGAAAAUAAAGGAAAACGGGAAAGUUAGAUUUGCUUUUGAAACUUCCCUUACUAUUUGUUGGUGUGGAAUGUGUUUGGCUGUCUAAAUGUCAUAAGUAUAGCUUUUUUACAAACACUUAAUAUCCAGCUUAAGUGAAAAAUCUGUUAUCAUAUAAAAUAAAUUCCUUAAGUAUCUAAGUUGUAAAAAUAUUUAUCCCCACUUCAUUGUCACAGUUACCACUCAGAAAUAUUUAAUUAAAAAUGAAAACGUAAAAUAGAAUGGCUCUCACAGGGUCCCUGUUUUAAAUGAGGCUCCUUUUAUUCUUUAUUUCUGUAAAUAUAAUAAUUAUUAUAAUAAAAA